CAAAGUGGCUGCAGCCGGGAGCCGGUCCGCACCGCGCCGCCGGGGACCUGCCGCGGGCCCGUCGGGCCGCCGCCCAAACUUAAGCCGGGCCCGCGCGGGGACACCGGGUGAGGAGUCGGACGCGGGCUGCGCGGGAGGGAAAGUUGUGGCCGCCGGAGACACUAGUCCGGAGCGCCCGCGCCGCGUCCUUGCAGACCUCCGGUCCCGCUCCGCGCCGGCCGCCGCCGAGCCCUCGGUCCGGGAGGAGAGAGUAGACGUCGGCCCCGUUUAAAGAGCCAGGAAUUUUCAACAUGAAUUAUACAGAGUCCAGCCAAUUGGCAGAAUCAGCUGCAAUAGGUUUUACAUCUGAGUUAGAAAGCAUUACACCUGUGCCUUCCAAUGAACCCACUUGUGAAAACUGGAGAGAAAUACAUCAUCUGGUUUUUCAUGUAGCAAAUAUUUGUUUUGCAAUUGGUUUGGUGAUUCCAACCACUCUUCACCUCCAUAUGAUACUCCUUAGAGGGAUGUUAUCUAUAGGAUGUACCCUUUAUGUUGUCUGGGCCACUCUCUACCGAUGUGCCUUGGAUAUUGUGAUCUGGAACUCUGUGUUCUUGGGUAUCAAUAUUUUGCAUCUUUCAUAUCUUUUGUACAAGAAGAGACCGGUCAAGAUUGAAAGGGAGCUCAGUGGAAUCUACAGGCGAUUGUUUGAACCACUCCGUGUGCCUCCAGAUUUGUUCAGAAGGUUAACUGGGCAGUUUUGUAUGAUCCAGACCUUGAAAAGGGGCCAGACAUAUGCCACAGAGGAUAAAACCUCUGUUGAUGACCGUCUGAGUAUUCUUCUAAAGGGCAGAAUGAAGGUCUCCUAUCGAGGACAUUUUCUGCAUAACAUUUACCCCUGUGCCUUUAUAGAUUCUCCUGAAUUUAGAUCAACCCAGAUGCAUAAAGGGGAAAAAUUCCAGGUUACCAUUGUUGCAGACGACAACUGCAGAUUUUUAUGCUGGUCAAGAGAACGAUUAACCUACUUUCUGGAGUCAGAGCCUUUCCUGUAUGAGAUAUUUAGGUACCUUAUAGGAAAAGACAUUACAAAUAAGCUCUAUUCACUGAAUGAUCCCACCUUAAAUGAUAAAAACACUAAAAAGUUGGAGCACCAACUCAGCCUUUGCACACAAAUCUCCAUGCUGGAGAUGCGGAACAGUAUCGCCAGCUCCAGUGACGGCGAGGAUGGCUUACACCAGUUUCUGCGGGGCUCCUCCAGCGUGUCCUCUCUCCAUGUGUCCUCCCCGCAGCAGCGAUCCUCUGCCAAGAUGAAGCCAAUAGAGGAAGGGGUAGAAGAUGAUGAUGAGGUCUUUGUACCGGUGUCCAGUACACUUAAAGCCCGUCGGUUGCCUUGAUCAGAACUCAAGUGAUGCAGAUGGAGGCUGCCCUGACAAGAUCCUGACCAGUCCCAGCACUCUGCUGUGACUUCUAAGUUGUUGGCAUCUGUCUGUCCAGAUCAGGAGAGUCAAAGCACAGGAAAGCGAGAGAAGACCACAGAUGAGAAGUGUCUUUUACCUGUCCUUCCUACUGGCUUUUCCAGUUUAACUGAGCCUUCUGGCUAACCUUGUUCUAUUUCGAGAUACAUAUAUUUUCACAGUAGAGAUAUGAUUUAAUUUAAAGAAUCUUAGGGCCCUGUAACACAAAUGCCUUUUCACUUACUUAGCCAAGUUGUGGCUCAUUUUUAUCACAGAUAAUUUUUUCUCUGCCAUGGUAAUUUAGAACAAGUUGUUCUUUUGAUAAUGUAGCAAUGUAAAUUGAAAUCGAGGCUGAGGUAACAUUAAAAAUCUGACCCUUUGUUCACUUGAUUUUCUCAUGGCAAAUUUUAGAGAAAGAUAUGAUUUGUGUGGUUUUGUUCCUGACCAGGCCAGGAGUGUUUCUCCACUAGUCACCCUCUUUGGGCAGUGCAGAUAGCACAUAGUGACCACCUCAUAGAAGCAUGCUCAGAUUUCCUGUGUCCUGUCAUGUAUCAGCAAAUCUGAAAGCUGAGGCAGAAGUGCUAACGAGUGAAGGCCUUUCUGAACUAGUGCCAACUUUCAGCUAAACUCAGCUUCCUUAUGAUCUAGAACCAUCUUGGUCACAUGCUCAGAUGUGAGAAAGGCCUGACAUGGAGGUCAGGGAGCUGGGGGUUGCCCAGAGGUUGAACAAGUGCCACAGGAUGAGGUUGCUGGAAUCAGCUUUGUUCUUUGGUCUGGUUCUGGAGAUUGUUCUUCUAGAAGCAUAGAGUAUACUAAGCCAGGUGUGGUGGCUGAUACCAGCACUUGGGAGGCUGAGGCACAAAGGCUGAGAGUUUGAGGUCUACCUGGGCCACCUAGCAAGAUUGUGUCUCAUACAAAACAACGUUGUGGUUUUUUGUUUUUUGUGUUUUAAAAAGCCAGCUAGUUGCAGAGCUGUGAUAAGAGCAUCAUGUACUGUGUGGUCCUUGUAAGGGCUAAGUUCUAGAUCCCUCUCUUUUUUUUUUUUUGCUAGAGUCACAUUUUAGGAACCAGUGAUACUUAGCCUAUGGGAAAUGAAAAGAUUUUGCCUAAAUCAUCGAUCCUUCUGUAGAGUGGCACAGGGGCCAGGCCACUUGACUGAGACUCGGUGGUGGGCCGUGCUAGUCUUGCCCGUUCAUGUUGGUUUCAUGUACUAGAAUCCAGCUUCGAGGUAGUCCCCCAUCAUGUUCAGUAGCACGGAAAACUUCCAAAUAAAAUAGUUUCAGUUGAACCAAGCCAAAAUGAAAAGGUUGAUUGAUUUUACUAACUGAGCAAGCUCUUUCAAAGUUAGGAAUUAAUUUAGGAGGAAUGAGCAGUGGUGAUGUAGUCUUGGCUUCCAGAUUGUAGCUGUUAACCAGGAGAAGUAUCUUUCUGUACCAUGACCCCACGUGGCACGUGAUAGUAUGGCUUUCCUUUAACUUGGGGGACGGUCAGCAGCCUGCUUAGCCCACCCAUGCAGACAGCUAAUUUAGAGUCACUCUGGAAAUGAUAGCCCCGAGAAGAGUAUCAGGUUCUGCUGUGGCUGCGUUUCACGGGUGUGGUGCUGCCAUCGACUUUUCAUCCCGUCUCACCUUCUGGCUCAGCUCACUUUUUCAACCCUGGAUAGUGAAAAGGUCAUCUUGACUGAUCUGCCUGGUUUUGUUGAAAAGUAUUUUCUGUUGUGCUGGGAAUGAACCUGUUUUAAAAGCACACUGCUAAAAGUGGUUAAUGUAGAAUCAUUUACUAUUUUCACUGAAGUGUGUGUAUAUCAGUGUCACUGAUAAUGAAGGUCAUAAUCUCAAGGUUAGGAAUCUUUAGAAAGCCACUUAGGCUGAACGAGAAACUUGAAACUAUUCUUAAAGACAUAUCUCCAAGGAAGACAAAGAGACUCAGAGAAAAGGAGCCCUAAGCCGUUAAGUAGUCCUUCCACAUACUUGAUUGCACAGUAGGAGAUAAGAAAAGAGAAGAGUUUUAAGCACAAGAUCUAAGAUGACUUUAAAUUCAUUGAUACAGAAGAGCAAGUGUAUUUUUGGACAAAGCAUAAAUUAAUAGAUACACCUUUGCUGCAAAUCCCUAAUAUGUUUCCACUGAUUUUGGGCCUUCAUUUAGCUAUGCGAUCAAUAUCAGAAAAUGGUUUGCAGAAAUUAUUCUAUCUACAUCCCCAAAUCUGUUUAAAUGUAGCAUCAAGCCAAUUGUAUGAAUCUGGAGUAUAAUAUUUAUACUAGAACAUGUCAUGUAUAUAUUUUGAAAGCCCUCAGAAUAUUUAUUUUAUAAAACUGAUAGAACAGAUAUAAUAUAAACCCUCAGUGAUAUCUGUCUACCUUACAUUCAUAACAAUGGGUGCUGUAUAGCUGUCUUAGUACCCUUAGCUCUCUGAAAUCUUUCCUUUUCUCCCUGUCAUUCCAUUGCACUCUAUGGACAUCAUUUGUGUCCCGCUGCUCCAAGUGUGCACUGAGACUCCGCCUUCGGAUCUGGCUUUUCCGUGUUUCUGAAGCUUUCGUGAUUUUAUUACCCAGGCCUUCCUAACAGUUUCAGUUUCUGGGUCUCAUUGUGAUCUUGAACACAGAGGCACUUGGAUGCUGGAAAAAUCAUUGUAGAAAGCUGAUGUGGCCUGCAUAGUCUGCAUUCCUCCAGUAAAGGUUCCAUGCUAGAAGGUGGUGGCUCUCCGCCACCCAGUCCUGCCUUUGCUGGCUAAGUGUGCUACUCCCACAGUGUGGUUCGGAGGAUUCACUUUUUAUCUAAAUCCAUUUGUUUGGUCAUUUCUAAAACUACAGAAACCUUUGACCCUUCUACACCCCAGUUUCCCUUCCCUUUCCUUUUCUCCAGUUCCCAACAUCCAUUUCUGUCAGCCACUAGAGUGAUUAAAAUUCCCACCUACUCCUGGUCCCCAGGGCUUGACAGGGUGUGGGGUUAAGCACAAGAGCAGUUCAGUUCUACGACUCCUAGGACAACACUGCCCCUGGUGGUAGCCAUGUUUUACCACAAACCCUUCUAACACCUUGUGUACAGUGAGAUAGUUUUAAGUGUCAUGAUUUAAGAAACUUUUCAAGUACCUUUUAUAAGUUUUCUGUUUUAAAAUGAAGGAUUUCAUGAAUGCUUUAUAUAGGCAUGUUAUAGGAAAUUGGUUUUAGGUCCCAUUUACGUUAAUAACGUUCACUUCAUAAUGAAGAUCUUUGACUAUAGCUUUAUAGUUUAAAUUCUCUUAUAUAUUGGCAUUUGAUCAAAUAAAUUUCCUACUUAGAAAAA